CCACCCGACCACUCAGUGUGAGUUGGACGAUGGAACGCGUAACUUUAAGCCUGUGACUAUAGAGCAGCAGUGUUGUCGGGUUUUCUCACUUUAUUUUUUAAUUUUUCGUUUGCUGUCUAUUGUUCAAAUAUUGUCCUUUUAUGGGAAAUAUUGCGCUCAAACGGCGAGUAGACAGAGAGGAACCGACAAUCGCACAACAAAAGAAAGAAAAGUGACCGAUUUCGAGCAAAAAGAGAAAAGCAAAACAACGGAAGAUCCUCAUCGAAUGAAGAAUGAUAAUUGCACCACCGGCAGCGAUCUAGAAGUGUUCAAGGUGUGAAGUCAACAAGAGUAUUCAAAAAGUGUUUAACCCCCCGUUAAAAAGAAAUAGAAAAAAAAUCUUCCCCCUUGAGACGAGCACGCCGACUGAUUUAUGGAAAUUAUCGUGAAUUCUUUCAACGAGUGAAUGAAAAACCACCCCAACAGUGUUUCUCAAAAGUCUCACACUCGGUUUAAAAGUUCAGUUACAUUGGAUGGUGCUUGAGUUUUUACUCGACAAAAGCGGAAGAGGAAAAUCGUGUGUGAUCGAACGUGUUUGUGUGUGUGUGUGAGUGCGUGCCCCCGCUGUAUGUGUGUACGUAAUUAAAUUAGUCGCGAAAAUCAAAGAGCAGAGUGAUCAUCGCGGCCGAGAGGACCUCUCACGAAAGAACCGCACGAACCUUUGCGCGUGAAAAAAGCAGCAGAAGCAGAAACAGCAGACUGAUCAGCAAAGGCGGCGGACGAAGGAUUAUAAAUCUCGCCGGAAAAUGGACAAAUCUUCAAGUUACGGUGGCCCACCGCAGUCCACGAUCGGCAGCUCGGCCCGCCGGAUACAGGCCCAGUUGCCGGCGGAACCACCGGCCUGCGUGCAGAACGCCAUGAUGCGCCGCGACAAGCAACCCUUCACGUACACACCCGGUGGCAUCGACCUGUCCCAGAUCAAAUCGCCCCGAAUGGCCAAGCGGAUAUCGCGGAACGCCCAGUCGGAGGGCGUCUCGAACCAGCCCAAGGUGUCGCCACUAGCACAGAAUAACUCCAACAGUAGCAGUAACGGCAACAGCCAACCAGCAGUAUCACCCGCCGCAACGUUAGGGGCCGCCGCCAUGGGCAUGCCGUUCCAAGUAUUUCCCACCGGGCCACCGGCACCGCCGCCACCACCUCCCCCAAGCAUGGCCAAGCGGCCCAGUGCACCGGCGCACAGCACAACAAACGGUAACAGUGUAACGGCACCUCCUCCACCGCCCCCGCCGGUGUUACCGCCACCGGCCAGCAAAGUUUCUCCAAAGCCACAAAGCUUCGAGCCACCUCCGAUGGGAUGCCGGCCGGAGAUCAAAAUUCCGCCCAAUCCGAUUGCGAAUCUUCGGAAGGCUCCGAGGCCCCAGCCGAAGAAUGACUUCUGGAUCCAGGAGUACCGCAACGAGAAACUCAACGAUCCGGUCGAUCGGCCAAGUCUGCAGAUUUCACAACCGCCGCAACUACCACCAGUACAGUACAGCAGCCGAGAUGCCGACGAUGAAGUCGCUAAGAAUACUCAGAAUCGCACACACGAACUUACCGUUAGGGAUCAAUCACCCAAGAAGCGAUCACCAAGCCCAUCCAAUCUAACUAAACCGCUCGAAAACGGUUCACGGGUGUCCUCCAUCAAGACACCGCCAGUCUAUAGUCAGAGCCCAGUUCCAGCCAGUCUCCCACCACCCAUCACACCAACCAAAGUGUCCCAAACAUCACAAGACACGCCGACGAAAAGUACACUACAACAAGACCAGUCUUCUAAACCACGACAAAACUCUUCACCAUCACCACCCAAAACGGCACCAUCGUCACCCAACACUCCCAACAACAACUCAAACAACAGCAACCGUACAUCACCGGUGAAGCCACCCACCGCGCAGAAACCUGCCCCACAAGCCUUAGGGUCCCUCUAUAUCCCACCAGUUCAUGAAGUGUUUGCGCACAGCAAGCAAGCCCUUCUCAAUCAAGCUAGCCCACCAUGGAUGUCAUCACGCCAAAACAGUGCUAAAGAACAACCCGAAUGGGUGCACAAGGAGGACUCUGAGUCUCUCGGGUCCAAACAGCCCCAAGUGUCCAAGUCUAACGAAUCUACCGCUAAACCAGCGGAUCCUAUCGCCGCAGCUCCCGCGAGUCCGGCCAAACCUGCCCCCCAACAGAAACCACAACCUCAACAACAACAACAACAGCAACAACCUUCACCACCACCACCUCCACAACCCACCACUCCCGUGAGCCGGCCCCUACCGGUCGAGGCUCCCGCUCCCCAAUAUCAGCAACAACAACAGCAGCCGCCGACAAUCUCACAGACACACUACAUCCAACUGCAAAAUCCUGCGGCGAAUCGCCAACCGCAACUCCAGCAACAGCAGCAGCCGGCAAUGCCGGCUAACCGGAGCUACCCUCAGACUCCGGUUUACGCGCAGAAUCAGGUGUACACUCCCCAACCGGCGCCGUCCCAAAAGGAACGUAUCAUACCGAUCCAGAUGGAGGCCUCGCCCGUCAAGGCGCCGGUAUCGGCACCCGCUUUUGCACCGCCACCCUACUACAGCCCAGGACCGCAGUACAACAACGUACAGUCUCCCCUCACCGUGGGUUAUCCUCACAGUGGUUUCACAACACCGACGGCGAUGUUCACCAACCCGAACCACUUCGUCAACCAGGGCUACAACAACAUCACCUACCCGCCGACGUCUCCGCAGAUCUACCAGCAACACCACUAUCAACAACCGCCUUCGACACCCCAGCAACAACAACAGCAGCAUGCCCACAUGAUGCAUCAACAGCAACGCAUGCAACAGCAGACCCCAACCCAGCAACAACAGUCGUCGGGAGGUGUCCGGAUCAUCCCGAUCAAGGUUGAAGGCGGUGAAACUGCUGCUGCGACCAACGUUCGGGGACCGCUCUCGCAGACGCCAGCGAUCAUUCAAAGCGGUGACCAUAGAUAUAUCAUUCACGACAUCCCACUAGAAGCUAAGCUUCGUUUUCUUAAAAAUAGACUCAGUGACCCACGCAGCAGCAACAACCCGCAGGUGUGCAACGGCAGCACCACGCCGAACCAGUCCCGCUCGUUCCGGGUGCUGCAGCAGAUCACCGACACCAUGGACCAGGAGGGCCAGGAAGCGAAGCCGGCCACGCCCAAGCCCGGCGACGAGGCCGAGGGCCAACUCCGCCGGAUGCAGCUCAGCAACGACGACAAAGCGCUGAUGAACCGAGUCAAAAGCCAAGUCGACGGAGAGGUGUUUCUCCAUAACGAAGAAGAUCCUCGCUACCGGGGCGCGACCAUACCGUCCAAGGCGUUUCGGUAUCUGCAAAAUAUGACCGACGGCGCCGGGGCAAGUGCCGGCGGAAGUCAGCCGUCGAACUCGAGCAACACUGGCUCAACGAACCGUACUAAUCAAAUGUUUGUGCGAAACCCUGGGAACACCAGUGAAUCAGAGGAAGGAUCGGCCCAGCAGUACGUCUCGCCCAGCGAGCAGCGGGUGGAGGAACCGAAAAAAUACACCGGAAGUGCUAUUCCGAGCCGAUCGUUCAAAAUGCUACAAGCCAUGACGCAGUCGUCGGACGCUCCCGCCGAUUCAAAUUCCUCUGACCUUGAAGGUAAUCAAAAUUUACCAUGCAACGGCGACAUCCGAUACUCACCCUAUCCGUAUCCCUUGCAACCACACUACUGCUGUAAUCCCAACUGGCACUAUUACGAUCCUAACAAUCCCCAAUACUAUCCCACCCAUCAUCCACCACCGCCACCACCACCACCCCCUCAUCAUGCACCCGGGUAUUACUACCCACAACCUCCGCCCCCGCCACCGCCGCCACCCCACGGUCAUUACGACCGCGGAAGUGCCGCUGCUGCGUACUACGCGGGUUACAUGUCACCCCAUCACUUCUACUACCCACCACAAGAACCAUGCUCACCCUGCACACCUCCACCAUACUAUCAACUCAGCCAGCAGCCACAGAUCGCUUACUGCGAGAACGUCGUUCCGGAAUCCCCAACCCACACUUACGUCAUAACAACACCUCCGCCACGCAUUGUGGUCACUCCGACACCCGAAGACUCCUCGGACGCCGACUCCAUUCUGAACGAGUUCAACGCCAUUGCCCAUCCCCUAACGCGCUCCCAAAGUAGCCUAAAGCGCCUCUCGGAACGGCUUGCCGACUUUAGCACUUCACCGGAGAAGCUCUUCUCAGCCUCAGACGCAGAUCAAAAGGUCGUGCGCUGUUCACCGAUCAGCAGUCCCCUCAACGAGCGGUACCGUACGUACGAGGAGAGCACCUCCUCGGCACCUUCCUCUCAGUCUGAGUGUUCAGACUCGGAAGAGGAAGCUCACAAGAAGCAAGACCGUGCGGCGACAAGCCCGAAAGCUCCCCAGCAAAACGGAACAAACGGUCACCACUCCGACAAUGAGGAGGACGAAAGCAGCGAAAGCGAAGACGAAGAAACCGUCGGCUACGACAAUAAUCCGCCGGAGCAUCUACCGCACCAAUUGAGCGUUAUUUUCGAGGAGGAAAGCAACUACUCGUGCUCGGCGAACCCAAGCCGUAGGGCUAGCGUAUGCAGCAACAGCUCAACCCUGAGCGACUGUUCGUCAACGUUGGCCAACGACCUCGAUGACGACGGCGGUCACGAUCAGGCGCUCAAGAGCGGACACGGCAACCAAACAGACGACGAUAUCGAUCACCUGGACGACGAAGAGUCACAGGAGUCGCAGGUGUCCGUGAAACCAGCGGCAGAAACCAACGGGCACAAAAGCGACGACGAAGAUGAAACCGAUGAAGAAAGCACGGAAGAGGAAAGCGAGGAGGAGUCGACAGACGAAGAGAGCAAACCGGCUGUAAAACAGCCCGCGAACCAGCAUAACAAAGAAUCUUCCGAGGAAGAAGAGUGCAGUGAAACGGACGAAAGCGAACAAGAGUCGGACCACGAACCGAGCAAGAAACAGCAGCUCGUGAAGCCGAUUGUGGAAACCGUAGAGAACGGAGAUCACACCGACGUAACGGUUACCAUUACCAUCCCUUCGAUGAGCAGCAAAUCGGUGAACGAAGGCAGCGUCAGCAAGCCGAAGCAAAGCGAAGAUUCGAAGCCAAACUUCACCGUCGACUACGAGCAAGACUCGCACGUGUCGGUUUCCGUUUCACUGCCACUCAAGCUGAGACCAGCGCAAGUGGUCGAGCAGCCAGCACCCGAACAGGAGAAACCCAAAGAGGACGAAACGCAGCAAGAGGACGACGAGGAGAUCGAUUUCUGGAGCCAAAUCGGCGAAGAGGAUGAAAUGAGCCGACCGAGAAGUUCGUACUCGCGAGAGUUUUGGAGUAGUCGCGAGGUCAGCAUCGAGCGUGAUGACGAGGAAGCGACGACCGCAGACGAUGGAGACGUCGACUUUUGGAACAACGAAAACGGUCCGACGGAAGCGCUCGAUCUGUGGAAGGCCGAUCCGGCCAUCGGAAGCUUCCUGGACCGCGAGAAGAAUGAGAUUUCGAGUGAUUCGAUACACUUUUGGCACAGCGAAAACGAAAGAAUGUUCAGCGAUCUGUACAGAGGCAAACGACGCGAGGAAGAAACGGCGAGAGCAGAUGAGAACAACAACGCGAGCGGCUGGAACAAGGUAGAGCCGAGUGUGGAGCCGCCGACUAAGAGCGGGAAAGAGAAUGUAAGCGAGGUGAAGGUUGAAGACGUUGAAGCUGACAGUGACAGCUCGGAGGAAGAAAGUGAGGAUGAUAGUGAGGAGUAUGAGACGACAAACACGUCGAAGGAAGAAUCAGAAGCCGAGGAGAAUGAACCGAAAGGAGUGGAACAGAGGCCGCCGGUUGAGGAGCCGCGUAUGCCUGAGAUAGUCUUGAAGAAGGUACAGGCAGCGGAUAAAGUAGACCACAAGUGUAACGAGAUUCUGUCGGUGAUCAAAACGAUCGCCAAGGAGGACGAUAAGACACUUUCGGUGCGCGAUAGAAUCUCGAUAUUUGAGCAAACGGCGAGCAGUCCGGUGCCGGGCAAGCAGACGAAAACGAACGAAUCAAACCAUCACCUGAGACCUCCCUCGGGCAUGAAGCUAUCCUGCGACGAGUCGGAAGCGGAAGACGACUCUGGCGUUACAUCGGACAUGAGCAAACACAUAUCGGAGGUGGAAACAGACUCGGAAUGUUUCCCGGAGAUGCGGAAGAUGACACGUUACCAACGAGCAGCGACACAUUCCAGGUUAUUUAAGCUUUUGCAGGACGAAAGUAAUAACGGUGAUAGCGAAGACGAAGAUGGCGCAGAAGACGCGAUAACAUCUGAAGAAUGCAGCAAAACGAUGCCCAACGGACACACUUAUCAGAACGGAUCGGAAAGCCCUCGACCCUCGGAUAUGACUAAAUACAAAGGAUCCUCGUACGAGGACAGUAGCACCAGUAUAGUAGCUCCCAACACUGCCACCGAUCGCAGAGAUCGCCUUUCACUGCCAAUCCGCCAUCAGUCCUCCUCGGGCAUCGAGAGCUUAUCGUCCUCGACCUCAUCUGCAUCUCCUGUAUCAGGAGUUACCAAUGAUAAGCUAGCGGAAGAACUAGUACAAAGCUUACUGAUGAAGAAAAAGGGUAGACUGUUCCGUAACUUGCCGCUCGAGAAGUUGCACGCGGCCGCACUCAAGAUCCUCCAGGAAGAUCUGGAGUCCAACGAUACCAUCAGUUCCACCGAAGACAACAUCAUGACGGUGGACUCGACACCGGCCCUAACUCCGCAGGAGUUCAAAUCGGAGUGUCCCAACUCCUACUCCGAGUAUUACGACACCUGGAGCGAGCUGAACGACGGCAGCCAACACGAGGCCAACAUCCCCUCGAAGCAUCCCACCGGCAGCCGGAAGUCCGUCAACGGGUGGUCUCCGCGGUGUCCCCGCGUGCUGAGCAACAAAAGCAUAUCCCGGCUGGCGGAAGUUCGCGAGACUGAAACCCCCGAACUGCCAUCACCUAUCGGCACCACAAUCUCCCGAUCACGCCCACCAUCACGUGCAUCCAAUCAGUCACCCUUUCCCGCACUGUCCGCCGGGCUAAUCGAGGAUAGUCAGCUUCCCAGGUCCGGGUCGAGAAGCAGCGCCAGCUACAAGCAUUUCAAGCUAAAUAACCUUUGAUUUCUGGCAUCCCAGAGAGUUAAACCCUCAAGUCAGAGCCGCACAUAAUCCCCGUAGAGAAAAGAAAAAGAAGAUGCAAAAUUCGCAGUGCCACUGGAGCACGAUUACCGCGACGAAUGUUCUAUGUUGUUUGCAAGAGAUUGUAUUUGAAGCAUAGUUGAGCAUUUUGCGAACUGUAUAUUUAUGAGAAAUACAAUAAGAAAGUUCAAUUCACAAGAAAAUGGUAGCAGAAAGCAUUCAUUACCUAAAGCAUAUCAUCAAGAUUUCAGAAAAGCAGGUCCCGGCGAAACCGACUUCUAAGCAGAGCAAAGCAAGGAAAUUAUACUUUGAGCAAAGAAAAACCCAGCAGAGCUUACUUCAUCGGAUCCCUCACGAAUAUGGCCACACGUUAUUGAAAUUGUUGUAGCAUUUUAUUAGUUUGUACGAGAAAUUAGCAGAGCUAGGUUUAACUUCCUAAAUAAGCUUUCCCCGUUGAAACAAAAAAAACUGACAAAAUAAUUACAAAAAAAAACCUCCAACGAUUUUCUGAUUAUGCUAUAGUUUACUUACUCAGUGAAAAUUAAAGAAAAAAAAAAUGUGUGAGUGUGAGAUCUCAAUCUAAUCUAUUGAAAAAAAAACAUGUUGUGAUUUUGUUUCUGGCCCCCUCUUCUGAAAUCUUGAUAAUAUUUUGCUUGACUUUUGUUUUACUGCUUUGCCAUUGAGUUAUAUAAAUAAUAAAAAAAGCUAAAGAAUGGUUUUGUUUUGUAUGAUAAUACUGAUGAAGCGACGUGUGCCACACCAAACAAUACGUGCGGUGUAGAGAAAAAUACAUAUUUUUUUGUUUGUUGUCAUUUUAUGAAACUAUUUAUUUCCAUUAUUCGAGCAACUUUCAUAAGUUAAUCCAAAAACAUAAAAAGGAAAAGGUUCGACUGUGACCCUUGCGAAGGGGCAAACGGAGGAAAAACGAUCGAUUUGAUAAACUGCAGAAUACAAUAGUCUGAACUGAUAUUGAAAAACAAAGUAUGGUCAACAAUAAAGCAUAUUGAAUCUUUACAAUAA